UAUAACAGGUGCUUGGAGGAGGCUCGGUGUCAGACGUAGUGGCUUAGUCAUCAUUAUCGACAGACAAAGCACGUGUCUCGUCCCAUACCGUCAUUCCUCAAAAACUCUACUCGGGACCACUCUGUGCAGGUCACGCCGGACCACAACCUUACAACGACUCUUUAUUCCACGACAUUAAGGAUCAAGUACUUGUCGCCAAGUGCUUUGUUUCCAAAAGGUAAAAAAAGCUGGCUCCAACAGCUUCAAUCACCUGGAACGAAAGGCACCUGGAUAUGACAUUCGAUGCAUCAGAUGAGAGUCUUCCGCAUAUCCCUCUACGUCCUUUCCGGAACCAAGUAGGUGGUCACAGCGCGAUCUACAGAUUUACCAAGCGCGCUGUGUGCAAGCCUCUGGUUUCGAGAGAGAAUCAGUUUUAUGAAGCUGUUGAACGAGAAGCGCCUCCGUUACUUGGAUUCAUUCCACGCUAUCUCGGCGUGAUGCUUGUCACUUACCGGCGCGUAUCCAAAGGCUCGUUACCGUCCACCACCCCGAAUGUACCUGACACGCCUACUCCUCAUGCCCCUUCCGCCCGCCCACAUCGUCCUGACUUUCACACAUCCAACACGUACCCUUCUCAUCUCACUCAGGGGUCGACAUCGUGCUCCACCCAAAUUCUGGAAGAGGAGCUUGUGUCGAGCAAUGAAACAUCUGAUGAAAUGCCCGAAGUAGUACUUAAUCGUAACCGUCACAUGGUUCCUGAAUGGGUUCUCCAUCUUGAAGGGCCGAAACACGAUCGUUCCAUGUCGCACUCUUACCCACCGACUUGCCAUAAAUUUCCUGAUGCUCCGAGACAUCUCAAAUCCAUGCGCGGUAUGACAGCAUCAUCACCUGACCUUAUGCGACCAGAGCCUUCGUUGAUGAAGUGCAGCCCUCUCUCGCGCCAGCCCACCAUACCCCUUCAGGAGGAAGAGGCGCCACCCCCUUGCAACUCGCCCGAAUGCCCUUCGGACGGCCUUCCGAGCCCGUCAUUCGCGGACCCUCAUUCAGCACAUCGCACAUUAGCACCGGAGGGGAUUCACCCGCCAUCAUUGCGUCCUUUCCAUUCCGAGUCGGUAAUUGGGCAGCAGGGAACCCCUAGUUGGUUCGGGGGAACAGGGUUGACGAUGGUGAACACCAAACUCAAGGAUCAUGUUUUCAACACCAUUCUCCGCAGGUUCCAGCGUCGAAACCAGGCAAAGUUGUCCGCAGCGAAGAAAGAGGAUGAUGGCGAGAUGGCUGAUCAUGAGGGUCGUCCGGUUCGUUCUUCCCGACGCGCUCGCUCACAUCGUCGGAAGCACCCUGUGGGACAGGAGGAGAUGGUGAAAGGAGAGGAAGGAACUCUUCGAUUCCCCUCCGUCAUUCCGCGUGUCCAGAGUGAGUCUGCUAUGGACUGGAGGGAUGUGCAGGAAAGUUCCAGCGACAGGGAUUCCGUUUCGCUUGAAGAUUCUAUGCACCCACCUCAGGACUUUGACCAGAACCACCUCGGCCUAUCUCCCCCCCUCAUAAGACAUCGGAGUCGGUCACGAUCUCUCGAUUUUUCUACCUCUGUAACACCCGUUUCCAGUAAACCGCCAUCCACGUUCAAUUUCGAAGACUCGAUCACACGACAAAAUCAUUUUAUUUGCAUGGAGGAUUUGACCGGUCGGUUAAAACGCUCGUGUGUUCUUGACCUGAAGAUGGGGACGCGGCAGUAUGGGAUGGACGCCACGCUCGCCAAGAAGAAGAGUCAGCGGAAGAAGUGUGACCGCACGACGAGCAGGCCCCUAGGUGUUCGGGUCUGUGGUAUGCAGGUGUGGAACAACGUUACUCAAGCAUACGUGACCCAGGACAAGUACAUGGGCCGAGACGUAAAAGCAGCGGAAUUUGAAUCGGUGUUAGCGUCCUUCUUGCAAGACGGUGAACGUCUCCUUGUCUGGCAGAUUCCUAUUCUUCUCCAGAAGCUCUAUGCUCUCGCUCGGAUCAUCAACCGUCUGAAGGGUUUCAGGUUCUACGGCUGUAGUCUCCUCCUUAUAUAUGAUGGAGAUCGAGAGGCGCAAGAAACGUUCCGAAUGUGUGCCCUUGAGCACCCUUCGUCCCGUAGUAAGCGUGGAGAGUCGAUGGAGCGGUCUCGUACGCGGUCUAGCACCAGUGACGAGCGACAAUUACUGCGCCGCUCCCAUAGCGAAGAUCUACUGGUUGGUCCAGUUGGCAAGCGUUCUAGCGGGAAACGGAAGCGUGGCGAAGUCAAUGUCCGCAUCGUCGAUUUCGCGCACACAACUACUGGGCGCGAUUGGCUUCCCUAUCCCCCACCCGCAAAUCGCGAUAUCAUCCAGCAGGUGUCGAGUUCUAAGGGUUACCAAGCUGAAGUGGAUGCGGAAACAGGGCUGAUAUAUGCCCGGUUCCCCCCUCAUUUCCCCGAAGAGCCUGAUCGCGGGUUCCUGUUCGGGUUAAAGAACCUUACGGAGACCCUCGAGAACAUCUGGAACGAAGAACGCAUCCGCAGGAUCAAAGCUUCGCGCGAUGAUCCGUCUGCUGUCACAAGCCAACUUCCACCUCUAUCCGCUGAUGGCAAAGAGAUCUUUGAUGAAGUCUUCGGCCGCUUAGAGCAUGAUGAGGACCCCGGCAUGCUCUCCUCUUGAUACUAUCUCUUCUCUCCUCCCCAGUGACACCUUUUCUUUUUAGCCGAUGCGCUAUCUAUCGCUUUGUAUGUGGUAUUUCUGCCUAUGUUGCAUAUUCCACCGCACCUCGGUGUCCGUGUUUCCAUUCGACUGCCUUCUGUCUGUCUCAGUGUCUGUUUGUGUCUCUCUUCCAUCAUC